AUGUCCGAGAAUACUCUUCCCCCAACUUCAACACCCCAGGCUGCACCCGCCCCGGCACCUGUUGCGCAGGCUGCUACUACGCCGACCGCGUCGGUGACGGCCACUGCCGCCGCUGCGACCGCUGCCGUCAACAGUACACUCAACGGCGCCGGCGAGCAACUCCCCUGUCAGUGGGUGGGUUGCACUGAGAAGAGCCCCUCUGCCGAAGCCCUCUACGAACACGUCUGCGAGCGCCAUGUCGGUCGCAAAAGCACCAACAACUUGAACUUGACCUGCCAAUGGGGCAACUGCAACACUACCACUGUCAAGCGCGACCAUAUCACCUCUCAUAUCCGUGUGCAUGUCCCCCUGAAGCCACACAAGUGUGACUUCUGUGGCAAGGCCUUCAAGCGCCCCCAGGAUCUGAAGAAACACGUCAAGACCCAUGCCGACGACUCGGAGAUCCGAUCCCCCGAGCCGGGCCUUAAGCAUCAUCACCACCACCCGGACAUGAUGUUUCCCCAGAACCCCAAAGGAUACGCUGCUGCCACACAUUACUUCGAGGGACCCAUGAACGGCGUUUCAAGCGCCGCUUACUCUCAUGGAGCUCCUCAGUACUAUCAAACCCACCCGCCUCCUCCGGCCGCCAACCCUCACUCUUACGGCAAUGUAUACUAUGCGCUGAGCCAGGGCCAUGAUGGCACUCAAUCGUACGACCGCAAGCGUGGAUACGAUGCUUUGAAUGAGUUCUUCGGUGACCUGAAGCGACGCCAAUUUGAUCCCAACUCCUAUGCGGCCGUUGGCCAACGCCUGCUUGGUCUCCAGGCUCUGCAGCUUCCGAUCUUGAAUGGCCCAGUUCCCGAGUACCAGCCCAUGCCUGCCGCCAUUCCGGUUGCCGGUGGUGGUGGCUACAGCCCUGGUGGUGGUCAUGCUCCCGCGUACCAUCUUCCUCCCAUGUCCAACGUCCGCACCAAGAACGAUCUGAUCAACAUUGAUCAGUUCUUGGAGCAGAUGCAAAAUACCAUCUACGAGAGUGACGAGAACGUCGCCGCGGCUGGCGUGGCUCAGCCUGGCGCUCACUACUUGCCUCCUAGCCACGUUACCGCGACCACUUCCGCUCCCAUGAUGGCCGCCACGGCCCACUCACCUUCUACUGGCACUCCCGCGUUGACCCCGCCCUCCAGCGCUCAAUCCUAUACCUCACAACGCUCCCCGGUCUCUCUCCCCCAGACCCACCGGGUGUCGCCGCCCCACGAGAGCGGUGCCGGCAUGUACCCUCGUCUGCCGUCGGCCACCAUGUCUGACAACAUGACGGCGGGUUACCCCACUGCCUCUAGCGCGGCUCCCCCAUCCACCCUCAGCGGCGCCUUUGAUCACGACGAUCGUCGCCGCUACACCGGUGGCACCUUGCAGCGCGCUCGUCCCGCCGAGCGCGAAGCAGACGAGCACCGUAUGGAUACCUCGGCUGAUGGCGAACGCACCCCUACCAAGGAGCACCCCGCCAUCACCUCGAGUUUGAUUGAUCCUGCCUUGUCGACUGCUUCAGAUCCAGACCAGGAGGCUGCUCAACGGACCGCUCAAGCGGCCACCGAGGUCGCCGAGCGUGACGUCAAUGUCGCCUGGGUGGAGAAGGUCCGACUCUUGGAGAACCUGCGACGCUUGGUCUCCGAACUCUUGGAGCAGGGCCGCUUCGACGGCGACUCGGCGGGUCACAGCGGUGCCGAAGAGUCUCCCGUUCCCUCGGGUGAUGGUGCCAUGGACGGCAUCGAGACGGCCAUAACUCGGGCCUCUCCUGAGCACACCAAGGAGCCGACCAAGUCUGAGGACGCUGCGGCAGUUCUCUACCCGACCCUGCGUGGGGUGGACGAGGAUGGCGAUGCCAAGAUGCCCAUUGACGAGUAA